AUGGGAAUCCUCGCCAACCACGUUCCAUCGAUUGAGCAGCUGAAGCCUGGCUUGAUCGAGAUCAUUGAAGAGAGUGGUGGAAGUAAACAAUUCUUCUUAUCUGGCGGCUUUGCAGUUGUUCAACCAGACUCAAAACUCAGCAUCAACGCUGUGGAGGGCUACGCACUAGAAGAUUUCAGCGACGAAGCUGUAAGAUCACAAAUUAGCGAGGCUUCAAAGAUAGCGGGCGGGAGCGGAAGUGAGCAAGAUAUCGCUGAAGCCAAGAUUGAGCUCGAGGUGCUUGAGAGCUUGCAGGCAGCUAUGAAAUUAUCUCAAACAAAGAGCGUGAACUUGGAACUCUAUGGAUUCACUACUGUUCCAAGCUCCAGUCCUAACAAAACUGCAGCUGUGCCUUCGGUCCUCAAUGUUUCGAUGUCUACGCACAAUUUUCUCUCUCUUUCCACACCUUCAAUAUACUCUUGGACUAUAACGUUGUUAGUUCCGCUACGAGAAGAAUGUGGCCUGCCACGUAUACUCUUCGGCAUGGCUUUCAAUCCGACACAUGGUACCGUGGCUUCCAGAAUUCAGGCAUUCCAGAACGGUCAAGCUCCGCGCAGCCCUCAGUCAGCUGGGAAGACCCGGAGUUCAACCCAAAGAGCUGAAGUCGAAAUUCCAAUCGGGAGAGUUAGGCGUGCAAACACCACUUCCGCUGCUCCAGCAUGCCCGCCGACAAUAGAGGGAAAGGAGUGUAGCCAACAGGGGCGGAUCCAAGAAGUUGAUGCUGCCCGUCAUGAACCUAUUACCAACUUUGACGCAGGCGAGAAUACUCUCCACGCCAGCCUACCCGCCAGACCUUCGACGAGUCAUGAGUCUACCAUGCCUCUUCGACAACACAAAUUACACAGUUUCUCAAGGCAGGUUCCAGAGAGACCCAGAACGCAGAAAAGGCAAUCAUCAUUGGACGCACAACCAACAACACAAAUUCAACUUUCUGAGGCUCGAGCUCGACUAAGAUGCAUAGAUGAUAGGAGGACGGGGACCCCGAUUGUACCUUUGACGGAUGUGAAUAUGUCCCCUGUCGGACAAGACGCCGAUAUCCAUCAACUUCAGGAUCUAAUUGACAAUGCCCUUGACGAACAAGCCAAACUUGAUGUCGAAGGAACGUCAGCCAAACAAUCUCCUCGCCUGAAGUCCAUCCCCUCUCAGGUUGAGCUAAGCAUGAACAGUCCGUCAAAGGGGCAGUCGACUAAGACAGAGUCUAGUGGCUCACCUGUACGCUGCGGUCGAGAUGGGCGCGACUUUAGUCGUCCUCGUAUGUCAGUCACUACACCUAAAGGCUUCGGUAGGAGAGAUGGUGAUUAUCCAUCGAGUGCGUCAACUUCAACCUCGCCUAUAAGGAAGCAAAGACUGAGCACCGAGACUGUUCUGCCAAGAAGUAGUACUGAGUCCGAGCCGCUGGCAGCUUCCCCCUUACCCUCUGUCUAUUCAUUCCGCGACAUGAAAUCGGAACAGGAAACUUCCUCUCUGAAUCCCACCAUAUCAACUCGUCAAGCUCCAAGUCCCGUCAAACAGCGUACAGCAGCCUUUGAAAAGAUGGUGCAACGUGACAAGCAAAUUAUGUACGACCAGCCACACCGGCACAUCGCGGGAGCUCCAUUGAAAAAGCACUGGUGGCUAGAGCCAGAUGAAAAUCGAUUGCAUCGUGUGCCAGGAUUGUUGAAGCAAGAAGCGAGUGCUACAAGGAGUAAGGCAAACGGUAUUAUCCAACAUGAUCCUCCUGCCAGCACACACACCACGACACCAAUGCCAAGGCCUGGACCUAUUCCACUUGCAUUGCCCCAGCUCAUUUCCUCCAGAGGUCGUGCUGUGUCUGCAACUUCUCAGUUUGAAGACACGUUCGAAACAGCCCCACAGUCUGAGGCUGCAUUGUCAAGAUUGUCAUCACGCGUUCAUUCGCCAAGGACUAUUCCGAAAGCGUUAGCAGCCCAAGACAUCGGGCAGGCGACGAAAUCACCAUUUCUGAGGUGGAAGGCUUUCAUGCUCGAUAAAAAAUUACCAGCUUACAGGACGGUUUCACCAUCACCUGGAGAGUCUAGUGUUGGAGUAAAUGCUGGAACCGAUUUGACUGAGCAGACUAUAGAUACCGCUUCUCAUUUGCAACCUCGAGGUAAUGAUCUAGCAGUAGUGGCAAGUCAGGAUGCAAUCUCACAGCGCGCAUAUGGCCAAAAUACCGUGACAGCAGUGAUGCAGCAGGGAGAUAUGCCGCCAUCAGCCAAACACCGUGAAAUUCAUGAGAGCCAUCCUUCGAAAGAACUCAGUCCGCAACCACUGACACCUCGCAAAAUCAUCUCUCCCAAGCAAGAUCGCAAUUUCAGGGAUGCUGCAGUGCCCGGCGAAAUAAUGAAGCGUGCUGAUGGUGACAUGACUAUUGACGAUGAAAAAGAGUUGCUCAUUGCACCAAAUAUUGCAAACAUGGACGAACAUGGCGACGUGGCAACCGAGACCGGCGAUGAAACCUCUUCGCAACGUCAGUCUAAUGAUCUUAUGCCAUUCUCCUUGGUACAAGUGGAAGACAAUCGUUCAGCUCCCGCUUCCGCUUCCACUUCCGCUCCAGGUUCCCCAAUCCGGGGUAGGGUAGCAUGUCGGACCUUGCAUCAACAGAGCAGGGUGAUGAGAAAUGAGGAGAGCAGAAAUGGAGUGAGAGUCAGUAGGAGCAGGAGUAAAGUGGGGAAUGUGAGGGUUACGGUCGAGGUUAGGACGCCUCAGGGUAGUCCAAGUAAAGGGAAUGCUCAGAGGGAUCCGGUUGGGGAUGGGAAUGGAAAGGGGGAGAGGGUUGUGAUUGUUACCACGGAUGUGCAAGAAAGUGAAGAGGGUUCGGUUGAGGAUUAA